UUUUUGCUUUAACAGAUAACGAGCUCUUGCCGAGUUCACUAUCAUAUUGCAACUCAAUUUUGUAUUAACAUUUAAAAACUUAAGAUUAGCAAACAGUUGAGAAACACACUCAAUACACAAUAGAAAUUAACAAACAAAUAAACCAGGGGUAAAUCAAUAUAAAAUACAAAAUGCAACCGUACAUUGUUUCAAUCAAUUAUUUUGUUGUUUAUCCUUUCUUGAGUUAUGCGGUCAAUAACAAUCCACAGUGUGAUUUUGUUUAGUGCCAGUACACUUUUUGCCUCAUUCUUUACUGUAGCCAAUGGUAAACCUGCUUUGGAAGAAAAGAAAAGGCAGUUUAAAUUAACAAUACAGAAGUACUAUGAGCCAGAACAGCAACAGCAGCAGCAGGUAACAAGUUUCAAUGAAACAGAUGAUAAUUUUCUAUCGUUCGUUUCUUUUCUUGCCAAAAAGCAAAAACAAGUUCAAUAUAACCAUCAAACCGGUAAGCAAAACCCACGGAAGAAGAUGAAAGUUAAAAUUACGUGCGUGGAAUAGCAUUUAUACUGAUAUAAUUACGCUUUGAAAAGAAUAGGUUACUAUGGAGAAAUCAGUAUCGGGACGCCACCGCAAUCAUUCAACCUUAUUUUCGACACUGGAAGUUCUGAUUUAUGGGUUGUAUCGUCGGAAUGCACGAAUGAUAUCUGUGGUGAAAGGAAAAAGUUUGAUUAUCAAGCAUCAAGCACAUAUUCGAGACAGCAAGUCAACGGUAGAAACCAUGGCGACGACGAUGAGGAUGAGGAAGAUA